CAUAUAAACACUUUUUUUUUACAGAGUGGAACCUCUUUUAGUAAUUCGUGUAGUAGAAUGUCUCCUUUAUCCAAGUUCAUUGUUACCCCUUUGGCUUCUCGUCGCUUAUUUUCAACCACAGUUGCUCCUCAUGCUUACUAUACUGCUUCCUUGGUUCAUGAUGUAUCAAAAAAGGUCAAUAAAAAUCUAAAGCUCUAUGACUUCCGAAGUGAUACUGUCACUGCCCCUACAGAUGAAAUGUUUGACCUCAUGAAGCAUGCCUCUCGUUCUGAUGAUGUCUUUCAGGAAGACAAGUCUGUUAAUGACCUCCAAGAUUACGUGGCUGAAUUAACUGGCCACGAAGCUGCUCUCUUUUGCGCUAGUGGUACUAUGACAAACCAGUUGGCCCUUCGUACCCAUUUGGUCACUCCUCCUCACUCAGUCGUCUGUGAUUCUCGUGCUCACGUCUUUCUCUGGGAAGCAGGUGGUAUUGCUGUCCAUUCUCGUGCCUCUGUUUCUCCUGUGAUUGCUUCAAACGGUGUUCAUGUAACAAGUGAAGAAAUCGAAGCAAACCUCUUGGGUGAAGACAUCUAUUCUGCACCUACACGUGUUGUCUCUCUUGAAAACACUUUAAAUGGUAUGAUUUUUCCUAUUGAAGAACUUGCCAAGAUAUCCAAAAUGGCUCGUUCCAAGGGUCUCGCUAUGCAUCUUGAUGGUGCUCGUCUCUGGAAUGCCUCUCAAGAGACUGGUAUAUCACUAAAAGAAUACGGUAAACUCUUUGAUUCCAUGUCGCUUUGCCUUUCUAAAGGUGUAGGCGCUCCUAUUGGUUCCAUCGUUGUUGGUAACGCCAAGUUCAUCGACCGAGUCCGUCAUUAUCGUAAACUUUUUGGUGGUGGAUGGAGACAAGCUGGUUUCAUGGCCGUAGCUGCUAAACAUGGGAUUGAACACAUCGUACCAACCAUGAAAGAAACCCAUCAGCUAGCCAAGUACAUGGCAGACCAACUCGUUGCUAUGGGAAUUGAUCUCCAGGUCCCUGUGCAUACCAAUAUGGUUUUCAUUGACACUAGUCGCGCAAACAUUGAAAUCCAACGAGAUUUAAUUCCUGCCCUGGCUGAACGUAACAUCAAGAUGGGCGGAAUGGGAAAGAAGGCUCGUCUGGUCUUGCAUCAUCAAAUUGAUCGUCAAGGUGUUGACUCCUUUUUAGAAAUUGUGCGUGAUGUUGUUAUGGCUGCUCGUCGUAACUGCAAAGAAGAACAAUCUACACGGCUUGCUUUAAAUAACUCUGUCUAAGGAUAACCUUUAAGCAUAUACCAUCCCAUUUUGUUCUUUUGCAUUAUCUCACUUUUUCAUUUACAUUUACAUCAUCUAUUACCAUUAUCACACUUAUAUUAAAAUAAAUAGUGAUUAAUACAUCUAUAAAGUCUGUAUUAAAUAAACGGAUAUAGCAC